GCGGCGCCGCGCUCCCACUAUUUGUUGUGAUUCGGCUGAAGACAGGUUUGCGUUUAUUAAGCGUUUAUAGUGAUAUAAUUAACGCAAUCCAUUUCAGCACGAUAAAUGUGUAGGGGUCUUCUGUAAUCAAUCUAACGUUAAAAUCAAUGCUUGUUAUUUAGUGCGAGUAAAGCGCAUCCAGUACAUCAGGAUCAGAAAGAUCCGUGUGAUAAAGAUGGAGUUUAUUAAAGUGGAGACUGAAGACAUCAAGAUUGAAGACACAUUUGACGUGAAGCUUGAAGAUACGGAUGAAGAUAUAGACCUGAUGGUGCUGAUAGAGGAGAGUAGAGAUCGGUAUAAGAAACUUGAUUGCAGUACUGGAGAAAACUCUUUAAGUUGUUCACAGACUGAAGAGAAUUCAUUACAAAAAAAAGCUCGUAAGACUCGAAUUAGAAAUCCUGUCAUCUGCUCAGAGUGUGGAAAGUGUUUCAGUCAUCAAGGAAACCUUAAAGUCCACAUGAGGGUUCACACUGGAGAGAAGCCUUUCACCUGCCCUCAGUGUGACAUCAGUUUCACUCAGCAAGGAAACUUUGAUCGACACAUGAGAGUUCACACCGAAGAGAAGCCUUACAGCUGUGAACUGUGUGGAAAGAGCUUCACUGCACAACUUAGCCUCGACUUUCACAUGAACAGUCACACCGCCGAUAGGGCGUUUUCAUGUGAUCAGUGUGGAAAGCGCUUCAGACAUAAAGCAGCCGUUGAUAAUCACAGGAAGAUUCAUUCAAGAUUGGAGCGUUUUUCAUGUCGUCAGUGUGGAAUGAGUUACACAGACCCGAAUCACCUCAGGAAUCAUGUAAUAACUCACACUGGAGACGAGCCUUACAUGUGCGAACACUGUGGAAAGGGUUUCACGGACAAUCGAUCCCUCAAGGUUCACAUGGUAAUUCACACUGGAGAGAAACCUUUCGACUGCCUUGAGUGUGGAAAGAGUUUCAAGUUUAAAGAGAACUUUCAGACUCACAUGAGCGUUCACAGUAAAGAAAGGUCUUUCAUCUGCCCCGUGUGUGGAAAGAGUUGCAAACCUAAAGGAAAACUUAAGCUUCACAUGAAGCUUCACACUGGAGAGAGACCUUAAUGUGUAUCCAGUGUCAAAUC